AUGGAUCUCACUAAAGUCACCCUUGAAAUCUUCUCCAAACUUGAACACAAAUGGCUUUCUCAUUGUAAAGAUACAUCCACCAAAACCCGCAUUCUCAGCAUUGACGGCGGAGGAACCACCGCCAUUGUAGCCGGCGCUGCAUUAAUCCACCUCGAAGAUCAGAUCCGUCUCCAGACAUCUGAUCUCCAUGCUCAGAUAUCAGAUUUCUUCGACAUUGUUGCAGGUACCGGCAUUGGCGCCAUUCUUGCCGCAAUGAUAACCGCCGCCGAUGCAUUCGGUAGGCCUCUGUAUACUGCAAGAGAAGCUGUAAGUAUCAUCACAGAGAGAAACUCGGAACUCUACAAACUCAAAUCCGCCGGAAUAUUUCGCCGGCGGCAACGGAGAUUUUCGUCGAAGAACAUGGAUAACGUGUUGAAGCAAGUGUUCUUUAGAAAAGAAGAUGCACGGAUGUUGACCUUGAAGGACACGUGUAAACCGUUGCUUAUACCUUGCUUUGACCUCAAGAGUUCGGCUCCAUUCGUCUUUUCACGAGCCGAUGCUUCCGAAUCUCCCAGCUUCAACUUCGAACUCUGGAAAGUAUGCCGCGCCACAUCAGCAACGCCGAGCCAUUUCAAGCCGUUCAACUUCAAUUCCGUCGAUGAAAAAACUUCUUGCUCCGCCGUAGACGGCGGUUUGGUGAUGAACAAUCCUACGGCCGCGGCAGUCACGCAUGUUCUCCAUAAUAAACGCGAUUUUCCAAAGGUGAACGGCGUGGAGGAUCUUUUGGUCCUUUCCUUGGGAAACGGAUCGUCGAACUCGAAAACGUGUGAGAACCGCACGUGCUCAACGCCGUCGGUGGUUGACAUUGUUCUGGACGGCGUUUCCGAGACUAUUGACCAAAUGCUUGGAAACGCUUUCUGUUGGAAUCGUACGGAUUACGUCAGAAUUCAGGCGUUUGGUUUGGGGAAAGAUGGAGGGGCGGAAGAGGUGGUGCUGAAGGAAAGAGGAUUGGAGUCGUUACCGUUUGGAGGGAAACGGUUACUGACGGAGACAAACGGAAAUAGAAUUGAUAGCUUCGUGCAACGUCUUGUUGCUACUGGAAAACCGAGCCCACCUUUCAGUCCUUGCAAGGACUCGGCCGUCGCUACUCUUGCUAACGGCCGCUAG